CCGACCAGGCGAUAGAGUGGAAAUCCCCCUCGAUAGAUGAAAUUUUCUCAAUGUCACGAUAAUAAAAAACAUAAAAAAUAAAAAUCAUAACGUGAGAUAAUCAACAGAAACUUUCUGAUAUGUACUGAGUGCUGUUGGAAUUUUUGAGGUGCGUCACGAGGGUCAAGACCUCUACCGUGGCAAGAGUGGCAAUGCUGGGGCCACAUUGUCUUGUGAAGAGAGACAAAGAGGCAUUCACUUGGGCACAACAUCAGUGGAAAGUGUAUCCAGACCUCUUAUCAUCAGCUGAUAACAUGCAGCCUCAUGCCAGCCACCCUACCUUCUCUUGGAGGAUCCUGGUUCCCCAUCCUGAUGCACAAAAACGCAAACGAUGGAAGAAGCUGAAGAAAACGCUAAAUUCACAACCCGAAUGGACAACGAAAGACAAGGGUUAUGGGUCCUUUGGGAGCAUCUACUUUGCCAGGUAUAACAGAUGUGAACAAAGAAAGCUUAUAUAAUAAAAGUAGAUACACGAAUACCGAUGCAAGGGAUUCUGAAAAUCUUUCUUUGGUAUGGGAGAAUAUAGGCAAGACACGAGGGGGGAAGGCUAACGUAAUAGCAUUUUCUUCCAAUCCAUUCCAAACGCAUCUACGUUCAGAGCCUGUAAAGCCACACCAGAGUGGAAGUGAGGAAGGAACAAAAUUGUCACUUCCCAAGAACUAUAUAUAUUGCUACACUUGUGAAAAACUAGUGAAAAGAAAAAAAAUCUAUAAACAUCUCUUGUUUGGGAAAGCUCAGUGUAGAGAUUGCAAUGUAAUGUUUAUAAAUUGCCUAAAUUUUCAGGAAAUAACCACUGCAUUUACAAGCCACACCACAUGCAAACAUAACCUUAGUUACCUACACGAUCCAUUUAAACUUCUAAAAACCAGACUGAUACACGACAUAACACCCAGUGGUUGUCCAACAGAUGAAAGACAUAUUCUCAAGAAAAUUUCAUCAUAUAUCAGAGAACUCGACGUAGUGAAGCUAAGACCACCCUGGAAUUCUGCAAUACUACGAUGCAGGGAGAAGCUGGGUCAAAUCUCAAAGAAAAAAACUAGUACCACAUUCCCACACAAGCCCGAAAGGUCACAGCAUCAGGAAAACAAAUCACAGUUGGAGGUAUUUAAGCAGAAAGAUGCCAUUUCAAUGUAUAGUACCACUGAUGGCCAGUGUCACAGCCAAGAGCAAGAACCAGAAGAGAUCCUACUCACCCAGUCCUAUAAUCUUCAACAUCUAGAAGAAAUGGUUGAGUACCAAGUGGCUCACGACUACUGCAACUCUGAGAUGGAGAAGGACAAAGAUCCGACCAAAACCCCCAAUAAAUCAAAGCCAAAGUCCGAAAUGAAGCCAAGAAAGACAUGUCAACGCGCUGAACGAACAACCACAAAAGACAUUUCACUCCAAUCACUAACAAAUUCCCAGAAGAGAAAUGCGCAUGUAAGAUUUGUCAAGACACCUGAAGAUGGGUAUUACUAUGUAGUUAAAAAGGCAAUUGAAGAAUGCCCAAUGUGCUACAUGGAGCUCUGCCCUUCCAGGUUCUCUGUGAAUGUGGUCACCUUCCUCAUGACUACAGUAUGCAUUGGUUGCAAUCUCACAAUAUAUUUUGUUCAGGAUCCCCCAAAAGGUGAAGCCCCAACUGUGGCCAUAGUAACUGAACCAAUUUCUUAGCCUUCUUUACAGGACAUGACAACAAGUGCAAAGAAGCUAAAAUGCCAAGCCAACUUUAUCUCAAUUGUUUUCUCUCAGGACUGUCAAGAGAAGUCUCAAUAGGAUAUUGUUUAAUACCGAUGUUCUUUUUUAUUAAAGAUUUCAUUUAUUAAAA